CGAAAAAUGGAUUUAUAAAAUGUGAUUCGGGUCGCGGAUGCCUAAAAGUUAAAUGGUUAAAUGAAAUGCAAGCUGUGUUGAUAACUGAUAAUCUCGUGUUCUCCUGAUUAAGCGAGCAAAAUAAUGUCGCCCUGACUUGGAUCCGGAAUCGUGCGUAGAAUACAGAAUUGUGUGUUGAUUUUAUAUUCAUUUCGCAGUGUGUUUCACAUAAGCCAUCAAAUUUCAUUCAAAACAAACCCCCAAAAAUGUAAAAACUAAAACGACACAGAGGAGAAGCGCACGCACACAGACACACGGAGGACACUAAAGGUGGUGCCGCACACACACAUACACACACACACACUGUAAAUAAAUAAAGUGAUUUUGAUGAUAGACAUCGGAAAACUACAACAAGUUCGAGCCAUCGAGUAGAACAACCAACUGCAAUAAUUUUGAUAAAAAAAGAGCAACGCCGACGACUACAGAGAAUCGAAACAGAGCCGAGGCAGAAUAAUACCUUUUGCCUCUCCACAUAAUUCGACGACCACUUGAAGCAUACCCUGUAAUCUAUUCUCUGCUCAGAAGAUGAUUACGGGCCAUGAAACGGAGCCAACAAAUUCAACGCACUUUGCGCCAACAGAAGCAGCCGCCGUCGCCGUCGCCGCCGCGGCCACCGCCACCGCCACAUCUGUGGUGGCCCGUGUAACGGAAACAGUGACAGUGGCAGCAGAGGCAGAGGCAGAGGUUUCCUCGCCGCCGCCUCCCGCCGCACCAGCAGCAUCGCCAGAAGCGGCAGCCGAGGGUCAAGCUGUGACAGCUCCACCAUCGACAUCGCUGUUGCUGCUGUCCCCAGUGGCCGAGAGAACCGAAUUAGCCGAAACAGCUGAUGGCGCUGCAGCUGCAGCUGCGGCGGCGGCUGCUCAGCAGCCAUUGUCAUCGGUGGCACCGCGAACGGAGCCCGCAUUCGACGUUCAGAUGCGUACGCACCAAAGACAAAAAAUAAAGAGCUAUCACGAUGCAAAGCAGACAGCGGUAUGGCGCACCGACUCACUGGUCUCCAAUCCCAGCUCGACCAUGUGCCCGGACUCCGCCCUGACACCGGCAGCGGCCGGGGUGGUGGUGGGGCUGCCCAUGAGAGGUGUCGUCCUGUCGACGGCGCCCAGUAUAUUGCAGCGCAAAUCGUCGGACAGCUCGUUGGCGGCUUCCAUACCGCGGCGGGUCUCGUUUCCGGACAACGCGCUGGUCACCGGCUAUCUGGAGCCAGCCAAUCCAUGGAAACAAGCCUGCCUAGUGAGGAGCAUUGCCGAGAUCGUGGAUGAGUAUGAGCAGUCGUGUCAAAAGCAUAGCAGAAAGCCGCUAAAGAGUAUAUUGGAUCACCUGCAUGGCCUGGAUCUGACGCUGCAGGCGCGCCAGCCUCUGCUCUCCCUCAAGGGCAAUCAACUGGAGCCCAACGAUUGCGAGGCCCUCGAGGAGAUAUUCAAAAGGAUACAAUAUAAGACCAUCGAUCUGUCGGAAUGCAAGCUGGACGAGAGCUGUUUGAGCCCGCUCUUCCAGAUGAUCGAGUACUAUGAGGCGGCCUUCGAACUGGACAUAUCGUACAACAAGGAGACGAUGACCAAGCGCUGCUGGGAGCUGUGCGCCUACAUGGUGGAGCGCAGCCAAGAGCUGCGGCUGCUCAAUGCCGAGAGCAACCAGAUCACCCGACUGGGCGCCGAAAGCCUGGGACGCGCUUUGGAAUCCUCCAAUGUGCACACGCUCAAGCUGGAACACUGCGGCCUGAGGGGACCGCCACUCACCGAACUCUGCCGUGGGCUACACAAGAACAAGAUGCUGAAAGAGCUGUGGAUGGGCUACAACGAUCUGGACUGUACGGAUGCCAAGCACAUAGCCGAUAUGCUGCGCUACAACCACAGCCUGGAGCUCAUCGACAUAAGCAACAACAACAUUCGGGACGAGGGCUGCAAGUAUCUGGUGCAAGAUCUGAUCCUGCAAUCCACAGAGCUGGAACGUCGACUGGGCGCCCUGAAGCGUGCGCGAGCCAUCGAGGUGGACGAGUCCCUGGAGACGGCGGACUACAGUCCGUCGUCAGUGUCCCAAACAGAGACGAACUUUGGCUUCUGUGACCAUGUGAAAGAUGUCGUCGACAAGGCCAGGGGCGGCGGGGAGUCGACUGGUGCUGGCGAGCCAUCUGGAGCUGUGGAACAGCCAUUUGCAUCCGCGAGCACCAGCGAGCCAGCUGUGGGUAUCCUCGUGGAGGUGGAGAACGACAAUGAGGACGACAACACCGAAGACGAUACUGUGCGCACUCUGAAGAACUGCAGCAGCAGCGGCGGCGGCCAAUCAAUGCUGGACAAGCUGCUAUCGAUGAAUAGCGACAGCAGCAGCAGCAUGGAGGAGGCGCCAUCCACCGACACACUGGCUGCCUGUUGCUCUGAGGACAUAAGCGAGAUCAGCAAUGAGAUAUUUGAGGCAAGCAGCGGUAAGCAACAGCAACAGCAGCAGCACCUGCAGCAGCAGCAGCAGCAGCAGCAACAGUCGGCAGAAGCAAAAGAAAUUAAUGAAGGAGCAGCAGCAGAAAGCUCGACAGUUGUGGAUGCCACAGCGAUGGCUUCUGCAGCUGAGCAGAGCACAGAGGAGAUGCAACAACAACAACAGCAGCAGCAGCAGCAGCAGCAAAGUUCCCAAAAUGAACGCAACUUAUGUGAUAUUACUCCCUCAACAGAGGCUAAAACCGUUGAACCGAAACCCAAUGAAUCCUGUGUACAGAACAACAACAACAACAACAACAGCAGCAGCACUAACCAAGCAGCAGUUGCUGCGCCACAAAAUGCUGAAAUAACGGGGACCAGUCCCAGUCCCAGGCCCAGUCCAAACGGCAGCUCCACGCCACCAGCAGCCAUCUUUGAGGUAACCGCCGAGGAGAGCGAUUGCUGCAUCAAUGGCGGCGGCAAUGGAGUGGCGGUGAGCGGAUCGCGACCUCUCGAUGUGAACAAGAACGCCAAGAGUGCAGGCGAUGACUUUGAGGACACGCACAGCAUGGACUCGGCGUUUGAGAGCGCGUCCGAGGGCGAUAUUAGCCGCCAUCUGCCAGAGGAGUUUAGCCGUUUGUCCGUGUCGCUCGAGAGCACGCGACUGGACGAUAUGGCCAAGGAAUUGGGUGGCAUUGAGACGGCCACCAUUGCCACAGAGUCUACAGAGUGUCUGCUGGUGGCAGAGGAGGCGGCGGCGACGGCGACAACGGCUGCGGCUGCGAUUGCGGCCAUCACACCCACGCCGGCCAUCAAUGAUUCAUUCCAGCAGCCGAAGGUGACCAUUGCCGAGGAGUGCCGUCCAAGCACAUACUGCUAUACCGGGCCCAGUCCCACGCCCACGCCGCCACCGCCUUCAACAUCGCCGGGCGGGGCAAGCAUCGGAAUGCGACGCACCGAGUCCAGUUGCGCGUACCUCAAUCAGUCCACGCGCAACUGGUCGCACAGCGCGGAGAGUCUGUGCAGCGAUACAUCGCUGGAUGGCAACAACAGCAACAACAGCACCGCCAACGAUCCCGAUUACGCGGAGAAGAUUACGAAGAACGACACACUGUCCAGGCGUCAGCUGGCGGAGGCGGCCAACCUCGAGGCAGCCAAUCGGCCGCCCAGCGGCCUGAAAGCACUCACCAUGUGGAACAAUAACCUCACCAAGGAUUGUGCGGGCAGCGUGGCGGAGCUGCUGGAGAAGACCAUUUCGCUGGAGCUGCUCAACAUUGGCAAGAACUGUCUGUCCAAUGAUUUUGUGAGCACCAUCAAGGAGAGCCUCACCAAGAACACGACCCUCACAACGCUGGGACUGCAGAGCGCCCAUCUGAGUGCCAAGGGCAUCGAGACACUGGCCUCCAUACUCAGCUUUGGGGGCAACAGCAAGCUGCAGCGCAUCGAUAUACGCGACAAUAAACUAGAGGUCGAAAGUCUGAACAUAAUCGCCGAGGUGCUCAAGUCCAACAAGACCCUCACACAGAUCGACAUCAAUGACGAGCCCAAGCGUCUGACGUUGCCCAUAGUGCCGAUAGUAAAUGUUAUACCGGCAUCGCCAUUGCCCCAGGAGUGCAUUGGCAGCGAUGCACAUUUGGACUACACGCGAGUACUGGGUACAGUGCGGUCCAUGUGCUCCAGGAAUGAGAAGAUGCAGGCCCAGGAGCUGGCGGCGGAGAGGGCGGCGAUUGUGGGCGGCGCCGGCAUCAACAGCACUGGCAGCAACAGCGGCAACGGCAGCAGCAGCAGCUUCAUCAGCGGCAUUCGGUGUCGCGGCGGUUACUACUUGGGCUCGCGGAAGAUCUCACUCACCUGCCAGAGCAGGCCGUUUGUGGACGCCAAGACAGGCACUGUGACGUCCGUGGCAGCAACCGUCGCCAUGCCAACAUCGGCCGCCGCCCUACUGGAGGUGAAACGGAAGACGGGCACCCGUCUCCGUUCGCCGGGUCCCAGUCCGCCCACGAUCUCGCCGUCGUCCUCGCCCAAUCGCAGCCGCUUUCAUGUGUCCCGUGUGGCGGAGGUCAGCAGCAGCGGCAGCGGCAGCAGCAACAGCAACAGCAUCAGCAGUCCGCUAAUCUCGCCGCUCGCCCAGAUGCCACCCCCGCAUCCGCCCACGCCGCGCACGGCCAGCAGCUGCAUGUCCAUACCGACCAUCGGUGGCUGUUCGCCCAGCGGCAGCCAGAGCAGUCUCAAUGCGGUGGGUGUGGGCACGCUGCCCACGUCGAGCUCGCUGCCGGCCAUGGCCUCGGUAACGUCCUCGACGCAGACCGUAAAGCGGCUGUCGGUUUCGCCCCGGUCCCGCUUCCAUGUGUCGCGCAUCUACGAGGAUCCGCAGGUGCCCAUGGCCAAUCGCCAGCUGCCACCCAUUACGCCGCACACGCCUCCCAUCGAUCUGCCGCCCACACCGAUGCUAAAGUCGUCCCGGAAGGCGGUGCAGCUGUCCGUGGCGCUCGAGGCAGCAGAAGCUGCUGCUGCUGCCACUGCCCCGAGCACCACUGCAGUGUGCAUCAGCAGCGUAGUGAUUGUGGAGCCAGCCGUAGACGAGCCAGAGGAGAGCGACGCACAGCGAAACAGUACAAAUGCCGACGAGGCUGCGGGACAGAAACUCUCUCCGCAUUUCUCCCACAACUCCCCCAUUUCAUCCAAUUCGUGCUCCACAUCGCCCGGCAGCAGCAUAAGCAGUGGCAGCAGCACCAGCAGCAGCAGCAUCAGCACCAACGCUUGUGCCAGCAUCAGCAGCAGCAGCAGCAGCAGCACCUCCACCGACAUUACAGACUCCAUUAGCUCGGGCCCACCAUCCGGAUGCACGGAAUCUGCUGUGCCCCGGACCUGUCCGUUGGCCGUAUUUGGCGACAAUGAUAUAACCCUGACCAAGGAGUCGGCUGCUGUGGUUGCACUCUCCGCCGCUGUGCCAGUGUCAGUUCCAGUGGCAGUGCCAGAGGCAGAGGCAGAUGCAGAGACAGCACCAGAACCGGAGCCGGCGCCGGUCAGCAAUCCACAGCCAGCAGCAGCGCGUUCCCGCAAGACCUCGUGGAUAGCCAAUCCCUCGGCGGUGGACAAGCUGCUGACCCUGUUCAGUCCGGGCACGAUAUUCCAGCGCAGCUCCUCGCCAGAGCCAAAGGCCAGUCAGCAGCAGGUUUCAGUGCCCAACACCGCCCCGAACAACGCACAGACAGCAGACGAUGGCAAUGCGACAACCCAAACAACCAUUCUGUCGGUCACGCGCAAGAAUUCGCCCUCCUCCUGGACCUCUCUGACCGGCGGCAGUCACUGCUCCAUCUCUAACUCCAACUCCAACUCCAACUCUAACUCCACCUCCAACUCCAAUUCCAAUUUGGACAGCGUUGCUGGCACAGGCAGCUCCUCAUUCCUGGACACGGCCUCGCGUCAGUUGCGUGACUUCAGCAAGCAGGUCUUUCGGCAGAACAUUUCGUUCAACAACAGCGGCGAUGGUGCAGCCAGCUCAGGGCCAGCCGCCGUCCAGUUGGAUGGGAACGGAGCAACAGGUACGCCGACGACGACGACAACAACGACGACCACAUCGUCAUCGAGUAGCACAGAGUCGGCCUCGCCGCCCGAAUGCAAUGCGGCUCAUAUGCCGACCAGCCUGAAGCGCCAGCUGAAGGAGAACAUCUCCCCGGAGCACACCAUCAACGAGGAGACGCUGCACACGCUGCAGAAGCUGUCGCGAGUGGAGGAUGUGCCACCCGCAGACUUGGGCGACAUUGAGAUUGUGAUGUACAGCGAGGUGGUGCAUUGCCUGCCAGAGGAGCAAAAGCCGAAUUCGGAGGCGUCGGAACAGGAGGCCUCCAGCCUCGUUUAGGAGGAAACGCACAGAACUGAGUAGGAUGAUGAUCGUGAUCGUGAUCGGCUACUUACAAACCAACAUAUAGGACCUAAGCAAAUUAAUCGUGUGCAAUUGACAAUGUUGAGCGGCAGAGAAAAUGGAAAAUGGA